AGAUUUUCUUGUGAACCGAGAUGACACGAUGAGUAAUAUCGUAUUGCUAACGUUUUUUGUCUCUUUGAGUUUGUGCAGCCAACUAAUCUCUUCUCGAAAGGCGGAUAAGUUUUCCUUGGUUGAUCAGAAAGGGAAGAUAGUCCAGGACAGCGGUCUCCUACUUUGGAACGGUGGUUUGGUAUGCUCCACUAGGUUCUACACAAAUGAAGCAGUCGCUAUUUGUCGAGAACUUGGAUUCAAUGUGAACGGAGCCAAGGCCUACAAUCUGGAUGGCAGUUGGAAAAUUCAGAAAAAGUUCCAAGUUAAAAUGCACGAAGUGCGUUGUACGGAGAGCAGGAACUGGGAGGAGUGUGAGUUUCAGGGUAAAGUCCAUAAGAAGAAGUGUAGAGAGAGUCAUGUUCAUUUGACGUGUGAUGUAAAUUUCAAACUUGUGGACGAAAACGGAGAUAACAGUGGACCAAAAGGACUUCUCCUGCACAAAUACGGACCAUUAGACGACCAAUACGGUACAGUAUGUAAUGCCGCCUUCAGCCACCAAUCUGCAGACUCAGUGUGUCGUAAGAUGGGGUACGAUCGGCACAUAAAGUGGGCUCCGUAUGAUAAGUGGGCUAUCCAGGAAUCUUAUGACAUCUCCAUGACUCGGUUGAGUUGUAGUGAAACUCAGACUGGGUUUAUGGAACGUUGCACUUUUGCGUAUUCUCCAGCAAAUUGCAGGCAUAGCGAGGAUGUUUUUGUGGAGUGCAUCACGGAUGAGUUUACUCUGGUGAACCAUAACGGAGAACACGUGACCUCUGGAGGUUUGGUUCUCUUUAACGGAGGUACAGUUUGUGAUGACGGCUUUAAUGACAAUGCUGCUGUGGCGAUCUGUAGAAAAAUGGGUUAUGACGGCUCCAAUGCGGCGUGGAAUGUCAUGGAAGAUGCUGAUGAUGGUGGUACUGCGUGGAAUAUUCAAAACAAUUACGAUACAAAUCUAGAUAAUGUAGAUUGUUCUGGAGAGAGUUGGACCGAGUGUAGAUUUGAUGCCCGCUCUGAAGAUUGUAGUCAUGAUGAAGAUAUUUUCUUGAGCUGUCGAGGAUCAGUUGGAUUGUUCUCGUUAACAGACGAUGCUGGAAACCCAGCUGUGGACUCAGGAAUAAUCACGUACAACAAAGAAACUUUCUGUUUCGAAGACCAACAUUUUGAUAGAAACGUAGCUAACGUCAUUUGCAGAUGUUUAGGAUACAACAUUGCAACUAGUUGGGUUAGUGUGGAGAAUGAUAACUAUUUUGCUCCUUUAAGUAAGUUGAAGUGUUGGAGUGAAGAGUGGAGUUCGUGUACUUACUCCGAGGACAGUGAAUGUGGGAGUUCUCGAGCUGUCAGGAUAACCUGCAAAUAUGAUUCGUUUUCCUUUGUCGAUGUGAAUGGAGUUCCCAACGCCUCAAAAGGUUUGCUUCUCUUCAACGGAGGAACAGUAUGCAAAAGUGGCUUUAAAGAUGCCUCUGCUGAAGCUAUCUGUAAGAAAAUGGGAUUUAAUGGUUUCACUGCCUGGUAUGAGCUUGAGUACGUCUCCUGGCAGCUCAAAAACAAUCUUGAUGUGACCCUGGUCGAGGUGGUGUGUCCAGAGGGAACGUGGGAGUCGUGUACUUAUGAAAAAGAUGUUUAUCCGUAUUGUCAGGAAAAUCAUGAUGACAUAUACUUGAACUGUGGAGAGAAAUCCUUCUCACUCGCUGAUUCAAACUACAACGACGUGAGUCCUGAAGGGUUACUGCUUUACAACGGGGGCACAGUUUGUGACGACGAGUUUUCUGACACCUCUGCUGAUGCCAUCUGCAGAGAAAUGGGCUUUGAGCGGUCCACGAGUUGGAGGAAGUUUGGAUCCGUAUGGGAUAUUCAAGAGAAAGUUCAUAUUACAUUGGAUAAUGUGAACUGUCCUGUGGGUGGUAGCUGGUAUUCAUGUAGUUACAGCGAGAGUAAUAAUUGUGAGCAUGCUGAAGAUGUCUAUCUCUCAUGCCAAGGUGCCAGCUGUAGCCCUGGUCAGUACUAUAAACAUGGUCAGGGCUGUGUGGCGUGUGAGCCAGGCAGCUAUAAUCGGGGCGGGGCUGACGCGGUUUGUGAACCUUGUCAUGCGGAGGGGAGCUGUAAGGAAGCCUUUAGAAUGGUAGAGGGUCCUGAUGCUAUAGCUGAUGUUGCUACCGAGGCUUCGCCGGUCUCUUCCGGUGGGCCAUUUUCUCUUGUCGACAGCAGUGAAGCACCAGUCCGGGAGAGUGGACUACUCCUUUACAAGGGUGGGACUGUGUGCGGUGGUUCAUUCUUUGAAGACGAAGCCGUUGCAGUCUGCCAGGUGCUGGGAUACGAUGUGAACGGUGCUGCAUAUGAUUCACUUUAUGAGGAAUUGGAGAUCCAAAGUACCCUGCAAGUUGGGAUAUAUGAUGUUGACUGUACGGAUAGUCAAAUUUGGGAUGAGUGCGAGUAUGAGACUGAGAGUGACAGUCAGGAGUGUAGAUAUGGACAUGUUUUCCUGACGUGUGAUGUCCAUUUCAAGCUUGUUGAUGAGGAUGGAGAAGAGACCGGCCCAUCUGGAUUACUCAUGUACAACGGAGGAACCGUCUGUGACGACUCUUUUGGAAGCAACUCAGCCAAAGCUGCUUGCCAGAAAAUGGGAUAUGACCGUCACCUGAACUAUUGGGUCGGGGAGAAAUGGGAUAUACAGAACUCGUACGAUGUGAAGUUGGAUGAUUUUAGUUGUGCUUCGAGUGGUAGUGAUUUUAUGGAGAAAUGCAGCUUUUCUUUGAAGCCAAAUUGUCAACAUUCGGAGGAUGUGUUCGUUGAGUGCAUCACGGAUGAGUUUACUCUGGUGAACCAUAACGGAGAACACGUGACCUCUGGAGGUUUGGUUCUCUUUAACGGAGGUACAGUUUGUGAUGACGGCUUUAAUGACAAUGCUGCUGUGGCGAUCUGUAGAAAAAUGGGUUAUGACGGCUCCAAUGCGGCGUGGAAUGUCAUGGAAGAUGAUGAUGGUACUGCGUGGAAUAUUCAAAACAAUUACGAUACAAAUCUAGAUGAUGUAGACUGCAGUGGUGAUAGUUGGACUGACUGUACAUAUGAUGCUCAUUCGGAAGAUUGCGAUCACACUGAGGAUAUUUUUUUGACGUGUAGCGCUGGAACAUUCACAUUAGUUAGUGACCCUGCAGCUGACUCUGCAGCUGAGUCUGGUACUAUUCAGUAUAAUGGUGGUGAUGUUUGCUAUGAAGAGGGUUACUUUGAUGAUAACGCUGCCACCUCAAUUUGCAGAGUAUUGGGAUACGACUAUGCUGAUUCCUGGGAUACCGUCCAGGGGGGCAACAACAUUGGUACUUUGAGUAAGAUAAAGUGUACUGACGAUGGGGAGUGGUCUUCUUGUUUAUUCUCUGAUGAAAGUAUCUGCGCUAGUUCAGACGUGAUCAUCGUCGUAAGCUGCAAAUACGACACCCUCACAUUUAUCGAUGUGAACGGAGAAGAAUCCUCCAACCGUGGACUCCUCCUAAUGAACGGAGGGACAGUUUGCAGUAAUGGGUUCAGCGAUACUUCAGCACGUGCAGCUUGUGAGAAGUUGGGUUACACCGGGGUCAGCGGCACUUGGGGGGAGUUUAGUGGUUAUCAAAGAUGGCAAGUUAGAGAAAGUCUUGAGAUUGCUGUAACUGAGAUGAAAUGUCCAGAAGGCACGUGGGGGUCAUGUGGGUAUUUUACUAAAGAUGUGGGCAGUUCUUGUAGUCACUAUGACGACAUUUAUUUGGACUGUGGAAGCCAUCCCUUUGCACUAUCUGACAAAAACUACAAUGAGGUGAUUACAAAAGGACUUCUUCUCUACAAAGGUGGAACUGUUUGUGACGACGGAUUUGACGACAAUUCAGCAGAUGCCAUUUGUAGAGAAAUGGGCUAUGCACAGUCAGUGACAUGGCAAAAGUUUGAAAAUAAAUGGGACCUACAAGAGCAGCUGCAGAUAACUUUGGACAAUGUGGAUUGUUCGAGUGGGCACUGGGAGACCUGUGACUACGUUGAAGGGAGUAAUUGUGGUCACAGUGAAGAUGUGUACCUGCACUGUGAUAUGCCCUCCUGCGAGCCUGGCCAGUACUUCAAACCACCGCACGGCUGUAUCCUCUGUGAAGCUGGCUCAUUCAGUGAGGGUGGUCCUUACCUGUCUUGUAAACAGUGUCCGGAGGGAACUAUUGUGGAGGCUGGGGUGGGAACCUCUGCUAGUGAUUGUCUUCCAGUUUGUGGUCGUGGACACUUCAUAGCGACCGACGGCUCAUGCUCAGAAUGUCCCUCAACAACAUACAAUGACCGCGAUAUAGCCGAGAAAACCUGUGUGGAGUGUCCCAAAAACACGUGGUCGCGAACAGGAUCAGUUUCAGAUGACAAUUGUUCAAACAAGCAGUACUUUGGGGAAAUGACUGCCGAAUCUCCUACUGAUAGUGAACAGUCGUAUCAACCUUAUUUGAUUCUGGAGAAAAACAUGACAAUUUUCAUGGCAUUCGAAAGACCAAAUUUGGUGGUUCUUGACUGCAGUCUGAAUGUAUAUAUUGAAAACAUUAAACUGGAUAUUGACCUUGUGAUAGAAGCGGACGGCAAAGGUACAUUUGAUCGAUACAUGGAGUACUCAUUGGGUGGAGAAUACAGCACGAUAAGUAUCAAAGAUUCCACUUCUUACAUUUUAACAAUAGAUCUGAGGGAUCGUAUUGUUAUGAACCUGAAUGAAUAUCCGGUUAUUUUUGAAAACGGUGGUUAUUACAAGUCUGACAAGGAGCAAAGAGUUACGAUCAGUAUCUCCAAUGACAACUGUUUCAUCUUUUCUUCCAGUGAGAGUUUUAUUCAGCACGGCUUGCAGGAUUCAGAUGUGAUGGGAACUGAGGAACCUGUUUUUACGGAAAUACCAGAGCAGGGAACGGACGAACCGCAAGAGAAAGUAACCAUGUAUCUGUGCAAGCAGCCCGAAUUUAGAGAUUGUGUGAGUGAGAAACUGAGGCUCGGAGAACAGUGGAACGUAUUCCAAGUGAAAAGUUUCAAAAUUAUCGGUGUCUUAACUAAUCGUGCAGUUGUUAUGACUUCAGAUAAUGGGCGAACCUACCAUGUAACUGAUAAUGUUAUCGCAGAUUCAGACCUUUCAGAUGGCGCACCUAAGUACGGUAUCUAUCUAAAGGCAGACGGGGGGAGUUCCAUUGAAUCUAUCCAAUAUGUAGAAUACGAAGUGCCAGAUGAGUUAAAGCCGAAUCAGCAGGAUGAAGAUGCCACACAAAAGCCUCCUCCUAAAAAGAUCACUGAAUCUGGAGAAGCUGUUGAUGAAGAAGAAGAACCAACUGACUACAAAGACGUCAUGGAGCUCGAAGAGGCUAUUGAGCAAAAUAUACUCAAGUUUAAAGAGAAGACAAAUAUAAAUAUUAUGUCGGAUGAGAAAAAAGUGAAGACAUAUAAACCAAAGUUUAAGGGUACAAAGGUUCCCAUCAAAAAGUUUAAAGAAAAGGCAACUCAGUAUGAGUCAAAGAGGAACGAAUCUAAUUUGUUCGGUUUCUUGACCUACAACGGAUUUGUAGACGUUGGCAUCAGCAAAAAUGACAAAAAAAAGAAGAAAAAAUCGGAUUCAUAUCAAACUGACCUCACUGUGUUAGAAACAGUGACAGUAGACGAAGAAGAGAUGAUAGAAUCCAUCAAAGCAUUCCAGAAGUACAACGGUUUCCCAGAGACAGGAGAGUUAACAGAGACACAAAACAAAGUUCUCACAUCACCGAGAUGUGGAAAUAGGGAUACUUCUUAUAAAGAUGAGAUUGAAACCUUUACGUGCGUGGAAGGAUUAAGUGAUGGAAUUUGGAGCAAUGAAACAAGGACCAGUCGGAAGAUUUGCGAGUUGGAUCACGACAAUAUUUUAGACAUAUGUGCUCGGUUUCCGCAUGACUAUGAAAAGGCAGAAGAAGUACAAGAUUUCGUUUGGAACAGAGAAUACUACUUCGAGACAGACGUUGAGUUUGAUCCUACAGGGAAAGAUGUUUCUCAUGUUGGGAUUGCAUUUAAUUACGUAGACGUGGAGACGGAAGCGGACUUCCUUUUUGUACGACAUGAACGAAGUAAUAAUCUGCUCCGAUUCCGUUACGGCAGUUACAAACAAGGAGUGAGAACACUUGAAAAACAAAGCACUUCCGUUCAACUUAACGAUGAUCAAAAGGCACUGCGUCAGUUCAAACUCAGGAUAACAGUCCGGCAGGGAGCAGCAUCUUUGGCGGUGGAUGGGACUCGACAGUCCAGGUUCCAGACAAAAGCAAACACUACCUCGUCAGUUGUCAUGUUCACUCUAGGUUAGAACUAUUAGCAUUAUAAUUUAAGAUAAAUAGGAUUUACACA